CAAAUAUCAAUAUCUCAAAAACCAAACGCACUCUUCUUUCUUUCUUUCUCUCUUCAUAUUUCGCGGUAACUACUUUCUCUUCUUCUUCUUCUUCCCUCUCUCUCUCUCUAAACCCUACCUCCUGCUACUACUUCUCUCUCUCUCAUCGAUCUCAUUUCAGUUUCCAAAGAAUAUUGCGAGAUUUACCUUGAGAUUGUGAGAAUUUGUUGUGCUUCGAAGUUCAUGAGCUGGAUUGAUUUUGAAUUUCUCGAGUUUCUGCUUGUUGACUUCGAACUGCUUCUUCAGAUAAAGGAUUUAUGGCACCAACAAGGAAACCUAGAAGUAUGAAUAAGCGGUCUUCAAGUUUGAAUGAGGUCUCUACUGAGAAAGAGGGGGUUACCUCAAACAAAAAAAACCAACGGAAGAAAAAGUUGUCUAAUAAAUUGGGAUCUCAAUGGAAUAAGGAAGAACUAGAGCGGUUUUAUGAAGCGUACAGGAAGUAUGGAAAAGACUGGAAGAAGGUGGCUGUGGCUGUACGUAACAGAUCUACAGAAAUGGUGGAGGCUCUUUACAACAUGAAUCGGGCAUACCUAUCUCUGCCAGAGGGGACGGCUUCUGUUGUUGGCCUAAUUGCAAUGAUGACAGAUCACUAUAAUGUGCUGGAAGAGAGUGAUAGUGAAGCGGAGAGCUAUGAUGCACCAGGAGCUCAAAAACCUGUUAAACGAAAGCGUGGGAAACAUAAACUUAGUGCCUCAAAAGAUUCUGUCCAGUCUCCAUCAAAAAUUGUUUCAAAUGAUGGUUGCCUCUCUUUAUUGAAAAGAAGACGCUUUGAUGGCAGCCAACCUCGAGCAGUUGGGAAAAGGACACCUCGCAUCCCAGUUAACUACUCUUAUAAGAAAAAUGAUAGGGAAAAUUAUGUAUCACCGCAUAAAAGAAGGCUGAAGUCAGAUUUGGAUGCUAAUGAUGAUGAAGUUGCACAUGUCGCAGCUCUGGCAUUAACCGAGGCUGCACAAAGAGGUAGCUCUCCCCAAGUUUCUCAAAGGCCAUACAGAAGAUCAGAGCAGAAGUCCUUUCCUGUUCAAAGCUGGGAAAGAAUGCCCCAAGAGUCAGAGACAGGCAAGUUUUAUGAUACGUCUGUGGAUGAAGAGUGCUUGGAAGGUAGUGUAGAGAGCAGGGGAGCUGAAAAUGGAGAAUAUGCUAGAGAUACUAGUUCCAAGAUGAACAUGGAAGGCAUAGGCACUGUUGAAGUUCAUCAGAAAGGGAAGAAAAUUUAUAGAAAAAAGGAAAAGAGGGAAACUGUUGGAAACCAUCUUCUUGAUGAUGGUGGAGAAGCAUGUAGUGGCACUGAAGAAGGACUUAGUUUUAGGCUGAAGGAAAAGUUUCAUACUAAGGAUACUAAUGCAAGACUAGAGCACACCUCUCUAAAAGGUCAAAGGAAAAAAAGCAAGAAACUUUUCUCUGGAGAUGAAAGCUCUGCGUUGGAUGCUUUGCAAACUUUGGCUGAUCUGUCUCUAAUGAUACCGACGUCUAAAAUGGAAUCUGAAUCAUCUAUCCUAUUGAAAGAAGAAAGAAAGAAUGCUGACGAAAUUGAAAAGUCUGCUUUUCCUGGUGGCACAUCAACAAGUCAAAACAGAGAUAAAUGUAAACUCACCGGUUUAAAACAAAAGUUUGCUCAUACAGUCCACGGAGUUGACGUUUCAGCCUCCAAAAAGUCUAAAAUUGGAAGGGAAUCACUAAUUGAUACUAAGGCUUUCUUUGAAUCAAAAGAAAAGCUUCCCUCUGCUGAUAGAACAUUGAAAAGAAAGCGCGGUCUCAUGGUUUCAAAGGUAGCACAUACAAAGCUUGAUUCUAAUGAAAGUCAUCCCUUGAAUAACCAGGCUAUAGAUGUAGACAAUAAACCAGCAAUUAUAGGAAAACACACUGAUCAGGUUUUCACUCUUGCGAAACGAUUGAAGUCAUUCAGAUCAUCGGAAAGUUCCCUGUGUAGUGACCAGAAAGAUUUGAGAGUACCAGAUGCAGAAAAUCCACUUGUGAGUGAAGUAAGUUUAUCUACUAAACAAAGAAACAGGCAUAAGAUGAGUUUACCGAAAAAGGGCAUGCCUAAAGAGAAAUCUUCUGAGAACACUCUGAAAAGUGAACUUGACAAGUUUUUUGACCCCAGAUAUGAUAGAGAAACGGCAUACUGUUUGUUAAAGGAAAAGGUUUCUGCUUGCUUGUCAUCUUAUAAGGCUCGCAGAUGGUGUAUGUUUGAAUGGUUUUAUAGUGCAAUUGAUUAUCCAUGGUUUUCCAAAAGGGAGUUCAUGGAGUACUUAAAUCAUGUUGGUCUAGGAAAUAUACCAAGGCUAACUCGAGUUGAGUGGAGUGUCAUAAAAAGUUCUCUUGGAAAACCUCGCAGGUUUUCAGAACAUUUUCUUCAUGAAGAAAGACAAAAACUUGAACAGUAUCGAGAAUCUGUUAGGAAACACUACACUGAACUGCGAACUGGUAUCAAGGAUGGACUUCCGACAGAUUUAGCUAAACCUUUAUAUGUUGGACAACGGGUGAUUGCUCUUCACUCAAAAACAAGAGAGAUUCAUGAUGGAAGUGUGCUUACAGUUGACCAUGACAAGUGCAGGGUUCAGUUUGACCGUCCUGAAUUGGGUGUUGAAUUUGUCAAGGACAUUGAUUGCAUGCCUUUGAACCCAUUGGAUAAUAUGCCAGAAGCUCUGAGGAGGCAACUUGGUGGUGCUAAAGUACCUUGUAUGGAUAAAGAACCACAAAUGAAAGGAAAUUCAAGUUUUGGAGGGUGCAUGGCAUGUGUUUCAAAUGGAACUGUGGAGAAGGCACCAGCCUCUUCAAGUACUUUGGUUAGCCAGGAAAAGGGGGAUGUUAACCCUUCUGUUGCCGAAACAAAGGCUGCCAUCAUUGAUCACCUUUGUACCCAAAAGACUAUGUAUAGUCAACCUUGUAUAAUGCCAAAUGAUCAAGCGAAGGAAGCUGACAUUCAUGCACUUUCUGAGCUGACACGUGCUCUAGAUAAAAAGGCACUGUUACAGGAAAGAUUGUUAAUGGAGCUUAGAAAUGCAAAUAGUGACAUAAUGGAAAACCCAAAUGACGCAGACUGCAUAAAAAAUUCAGAGGCUUUCAAGAAGCAUUACGCCAUGGUACUUGUACAGCUAAAGGAAGCCAGUGGACAGGUUUCUAAUGCACUGCUUCAUUUGAGGCAACGUAAUACUUACACAGGAGACUCUCUGCCACCAUGGAUGAAGCCCCAAGUAAGAUUCAAUGUUCAUGACGGCCUUCCCAGUACGUUGGAUAGUUCUCUAACUCAAGUGUUAGGGUCAACCGUUGUUGAAAUUAUCAAAGGAUCCAGGCUUAAAGCACAUACCAUGGUGGAUGCUGCAAUUCAGGCUUUAUCUUCAACGAAGGAAGGUGAAGAUGCUUUCGUGCGGAUUGGGCAGGUAUUGGAUUGUGUCGAUUAUCAACAGUUGGCCACCAACUCUAGGUUACCUGUGAUCAAGUCCCAGGAGCAAGUGAAUGGCAGUUUUGAUCACCAGAAUAGGUCAUUUUGCUGUUCAUCUGAGCCUUUCAAUGAUGCAUCCGGUCCAAAAUGGCAUCGUGAUUCCAACAAAGUUGAUAUUCAAAUUCCUUCGGACCUCAUCACUUCCUGUGUUGCUACAUUAUUCAUGAUACAGACUUGUACUGAACGACAAUAUCCCCCAGCUGAAGUGGCUCAGAUAUUAGAUUCUGCUGUUACCAGCCUGCACCCAUGCAGUCCACAAAACCUUCCUAUUUACAGAGAAAUUCAAAUGUGCAUGGGAAGAAUCAAGACCCAGAUUUUAGCCCUCAUCCCUACAUGAAUUGUAUCCUUUCUUUUCAUGGGUUGUUGUGUAUUGGUUCAGAUCACCCACAAGUUCCUUGCCAACCAUGUUAUUUAUGUCAGGUCAACAGGGUCCAGCGCUGGAAUUAGAGGGAUUGUAAUUGGCCAACCAUGUCUUGUAACAUUUCUUUGUAUCAACAAAAUAAAUUCCCGUUCACCCUAGAACAGCUUUGGAUUUCAGGAGUUCAAAAUAAAAAUUAUUUAUUUAUAACAUUA